AAUGGUUGUUACGUGCAUCGUAAAGGGUUGUGAUAAUAAGCCGAAUGUACAUAGUGACGUUAUGUUUCAUAGAUUUCCAACUUCCCCCAAUCGGCGAAAAGCUUGGUUAUCUGCUUUAAACAUGGAUACAACGACACCGUGGCGGAUUUUGAAGAAGUGUCGUGUUUGCUCCGAUCAUUUCAUACCGGAUGACUAUUCCGACACAGGAUUUUGCAUAAAGGAUACUGCCUAUCCGACAAUACUUCAAUCACGAACACAACAAAGUGGAUCAUCACCGAACACUGUAAGUAUCCUUUUGCAUUGUAUUUGGUUGUCCUUGAAGUGGCAGUAACCUUUACUAAUCAAACUUUAGUGUAGUUCAAACUGGUAGUGUGCUUCAGAGACAGGCAAUAAGGAGUUUUUGACUGUUUGAUAUGCAUGAGCACUGAGCUCAGAAAUAAAAAUGAAGUAUAAGCCUAAACGCGUAUAAGGCCGUCGUGUAAAAUUAUUGUGUCACCAAGUCAGGGGAAGUUGCAAUUUUUCAUUGUCAACCAACGAAGUUGCUAAAAGGUUAGCAACGAUGCUUUUGGGAGACGCAUCCCUGAUUCUCUGUAUCAUGAGACUCCAAAGUUAUGUGUACCAUAAUAAUAAUACCUAGACUAAUUGCAGUGGGAGGUGUAUUUUUGUCUCCAGUUGUUAGAAUCUAAAUAUUAUUUCCCCACACCCCACAUUUAUAUAUUUGAUAUAUUUUCAUAUAUCCCUCUAUAUUCUUUAUUGUUAUCCUUGUUUGAUCAAUGAAGCAAUGAUAAACUUUCAUGAGUCUUAGCUUGCAUAUGCCAAGACUGGAAAGGUAUUAUGAAAUAUCCUUUUAGCCCUUCUGCAGAGCGUUUGUGGUUAGGUCAUUGAGUUAUCUAAGGACAUGUUCUAAGUGUCAUUUCCCUAGAACUAAAAUGUGCACCCAUAUAACUGUAUAGAAAUAAAUACCAGUGUGCAGAGUUAUUGAUCACGUGAUUAUUUUCCCUGACGGAUUUACUCAAUGUGCUGAUCACAAGAUAUGUUCCAGAAUCUGAAUAAUGUAUAGAAAAAUGUGUUUUAUAAAUUAUGGUAGUUUUUUCAUAAUAAUAUUAUUGAGAUUGUAACUUCUGUCAUAAUUGUGUCAAUUAUUUUUACAGGCAGAGUUGAGUGACGUGCAUGAAGAUAUGCCAGAAUAAGAAGAAAUCUUUUUUGCUGGUGUACCUCAUUCAACCCCCCAGAAGCACAAAGCUGAAGCGUCUACUGCGUCAUUCCAAGUGCCCUUGUCUGUACAGCUAACCAGUCCUUCACGUUCAAGUAAACCAGCGGUUGCACUGGCUCCCACAUGGACAAAGCAAUUGUACCCACGUUCAUGUGUAUCUUCAUCCACAAUCAUGUCCAGGUCUACUUAAAGAAAAAAUAUUGUAUUUGAGGAAACACACCACAUUGAAGCUACUGGCAUGGAUACAAGUGCAACAUCAGUGUUUGAUGUUAGCAUGACCUCGGAGCCUGCUGUUGAUCCCACAGACACCAGUUUUGUGCCAUUUUCAAGCCCCUCCACCACCACCACAGGAAGUUCCUCAAGCCUCUCUGGACAACCCAGUGGAUGGAAGGAGAGGAGGUGGAUUGUUAAUGAGUCCAAACUCAUGGAACUCUUUCAGAAAUGUACAACCUGUGGUGCUCCGAUGUGUGACCUAAACCAGACAAUUUCACAUUUCGGCAGUAGAAUAAAUAUAAAUUGGCAAUGUAGCAAUGGUCAUAUAGGACAAUGGGAAUCAUGUCCCAAUAUACGUGGAAUGGGGGAAAAUAAUCUUCUCACAGCAGCUGCCACUCUCUUUACUGGAUCAACAUACACAGACAUAGCUGACUGGGCUGGGCUUUUAAACCUGCAGUUGCCCAAGCAUGCAAAUUUCCACAACUUACAAGCAAGCUAUCUGUUCCCAGUGAUUGAGGAAGCAUACACACAACAGGAGAACAUAAUCAAAGCAAAAUUAAUUUGCCAAACUGAAGACGGUGAAGGAGUGCAGCUAUGUGGAGAUGGCAGAAGUGACAGCCCCGGAUACUCCAGCAAAUACAACACGUAUUCUUUCAUGGACGAAUCCAAUAAACAGAUUGUGGCGUUUGAGCUGAUGCAGGUUUCCCAGGCCUCCAGUUCUGUCGCAAUGGAACCAUUGGCCUUCAAGAAAGGCCUGGAGAAGAUCCUGGAUGAGGGCAUCGAUGUAAAAGUGGUCACCACAGACAGGCAUCCAUCCAUAAGAAAAAUAAUGAGAGAAGAAUAUCCACAAAUCAUUCAUCAAUUUGAUCCGUGGCAUGUCGCCAAAGGAUUAAAAAAAAAAUUGGUUGCAGCAUCCAACAGAAAGGAGAACAAGGAUCUUGCUACUUGGGUCAGGAGUGUAAGUAACCACAUGUGGUGGAGCUGUUGCACCUCCAAAGGAGAUCCAAAGGAGCUGCUCAGACUAUGGAUGUCUCUCCAACACCACGUCACUGGGGUCCAUCACUGGGAAGAAAAUGGAACGGAAUACAGAUGUUUCCAUAAUGACUUGUCAGCAGAGGAACAAAGAACGAAGAGGUGGCUAAAAGUGAAUUCCCCUGCCUUCAAAGCUCUUCAAGCAAUGAUUAUGGACAAGCGUCUUCUAAAAGACCUACAACAGAUGACACUGUUCAAACACACCGGCCAAAAAAGACACAAUGUUGUCUUUCAAAAGCAGUCGAAGCAGUGGAUUGCUAAACCAAUCUAUGUAAAGACGACUCAAAAAUUCAGAGAUGACCUCAUAGACAGAGUGAUCCAAAGAAGACUUCAGAAGAGUCAGAGAUUCAUCAGCCCAUAUCAAAGUACCUCGCCUAGCUGCCAACAUUGCAUUGCUACCAAAGCCCAGCAAAGAGGAGGUCAUACAAUCACACACAUCAAGAUUCAAAGGUCCAUCGGCGACAUUGUAACCCUAGUUUACAGCUGACAUGAAAGGUAACCUGUGCCAUUGAAAAACCACAGGAGGGGACUUAUACUGACAUAGUAAGUGUAGAAGGCACAUGUGAGUUAUUGUACUAUUAUUAAGGACAUUUUUUUGGUUUUUAUAUUGUGUUUUUUUUUUUACAUUUUUCCAACUACGUGACUUUGAAGUACACUUACAAAACACAUUUUUCCCUGGAGAACACAUCGUCUAUCGUAUGGUAAUAAUUUUAUUUGAAAAAAGUUGUCAGUUAGUGCAGCAAUUUCAAAACUGUCUUAUUGAUAUAUUGUGAAAUAAAUAACAUUUUACCCACUUUGUGACUUAACUGAUGUUUGAAUAAAUUUGACCAAAAAUAUUUUGCACGGACAACACAUGGUCUAUUAUGUUUACUAUGACUUUUUAAUUUUUAUUAUUCCCAACUAUUGCAAUAAUAUGAAGGUUAUUUUUAUUAUUUAUAUAUUGUGAAUUAAAUUGUAUUCUCUUUUUUUUUUAAAUUAACUUACAUUUGAUUACAUUUACAAAAAAACAA